AUAUUCAUCGAAUGUGUUUUAAAAAUAUCAUUGUAAAAAAAAUACUAAAAACAAAUGAAAUUAAUAAUAAUAUAAAAAAUAAUGAAUUUUGAGGAAAAUUUAUCAGAAAAAAGUCUUGUGGUCAGCCCCCCUACCACCACAAUUGACGAAAUUGACCCAAGGGCAUUCGAUUGCUUAAAAUUUAUUAAACCCUUGGCAAAUGACGACUUUCGCGAGAAAUGUGGCGAAAUUUUUGUUGAAAAUGGGAAAUAUACAUUAACAUGUAAAUUUUGUCAAGAUGAUCAUGAAAAUUUAGAAAUUUUCAUUGAACAUAUGGUUGAACAUUUAAUACCUAAAGUAGAAGAACUUGAUUCUGAUGCUUCAAGUGAUUGCAAAAGUGACGAAGAAUAUGAAGAGAGAGAAUUUAAAGACAAAAAUCCAAUAUUAGCUGAUUAUGAUUCAUUUGAAAAUAAUGAUUAUGAUUUUGAAAACUCUAAAAAUUUUGAUUUUAAAAAAAAUAAUAUACAUUCUAAUUACAUUAAUGGUAAUGGUGACGUUACUAAUAAUAGGUCAAUAUCCACCCACCAUCAAAAUUUUAUUGGCAACAAAACAUUUAGAAAUCACAGCGGAUAUGACAGUAGAAAUAAUGAUAACGAUGGAGAAGAUGGCGAGGGUAAUACGAUUGAGUGCGUUCCAGAUAUUGGAAUGUUUUAUGAUUUUGAAAAUUCAAAUGAUGGUAAUGAUCAUAAUGAAAAAAUAAAUCAUAAUAGUGUCGAAUCAAAUUGGAAUGGUCAUAAUAAAAAUAUGAUGCAUUUGGAUGCAAAUUGGAAUAAAUCUAAUGAUGGCCGUUUCCAUUGUCAUAUGUGUGAUAAAUCAUACCAAUAUUCAAAAUCAUUGAAGGAACAUAUUGAUUUGAUUCAUAAGUGUACCGAGAAAAAUUUUAAAUGUCCUACUUGCGAUAAGGGCUUUACAAAACAAUGGAAAUUAAAUACUCAUUUAAAGGUACACACAGAUGAAAGGCCAUACAUAUGCACAAUUUGUGUUAUGACUUUCAAAUGGAAAAAAAAUCUUUCCAGACACUUGAUCCGUGUUCAUAAUGUAAGGCUAUCUGAAAUUAAGCCUGAGCAAUAUAAUUUGAAUUUAAUGAAUAAUAAAACAGAAGAACAUUUUGUACCCGGAGAAGACAAUGGUGAAAGCUUCAGCGAACAUUUAUUUAAAAAUUCUUUUCAUGCUAGUGAUAUUAAUGACUUCCCAAUAAUAAAGAAUCUUUUAACAGAAAAUUCUGCAAUUACAAAUGCACCACGCACAACUCCCGAAGGGGAAACGUUAUUAAAUCAUUCCAUUAAAAAAGAAAAACCAGACGAAUAUGAUGAAAGCUUCCAAUACCUUGCCGAGCCAAUGAUUCCUUUAAGGGAACCGCUUCCACCUCAGCAUAGACCAACAAAAUCAAAUAACUCACAGAGAUCCGGCGCCAAUAAAAGAAGUCCCCAAAAGAUUUCAAGAGAUGAUUUCAAUUUCGGCAUGCCACGAAUAAAAAUUGAACCAGGGUCUGAUUUAGAAUGCAAUAAAAAUGAUAUGAGGGCAGUCGGCUUAGAUAUGUUUAAGCCUAAUCCCAGAAGUUUCCAACAAAAGCUAAAUAAUGUAUUUGAUUCAAACAAAAAUAAAAGUAAAACACAAAGCUCCGGCAACACCUCAAGAGCACAAGCUGCACCUUUAGUUCCUAACAAAGAUGGUUUUUAUUCAUGUCGGACAUGUUCAAAAGUUUAUUUACGAAAAGAUUCACUUAGAGCUCACGAACGUAUUCAUAGUGCUGGAUUAAACUGUGAAUUUUGUGGAAAAAGCUUUUCACAUCGUUACUUUCUUGAACGACAUGUUCGUACUCACACCGGCGAAAAGCCAUUUCGUUGUCAUUUAUGUAACGCUUCCUUCGUUGAAGAAAAUUCAUUACGAAAUCAUAUUAAAUUCCACAUUGGUGAUAAACGAUUUGCUUGCCAAUUUUGUUCAAAACGCUUUAUAAAGCAAUACGAAAAAAUUGAACACGAACGAAAUGCUCAUAACAACCAGGUUCCACCUUACAAAUGCGAUUUUUGUUCUAAAUAUUUCAACCACAUUAAGAAUUUAAGAUAUCACAAAAAAAUUUGUACACAGAAUCCUGAUUCUAACAAACGCGAAAUGGAAACGUCCCAGUUGUAUACAAUUUUAAAUAAGAAUAAAACUGAUGCAGAAAGAAAAGAUCUUGAUCGUCAAAAUGAGACAAAAAUAAAGUCUGAACCUAAAAAGGAACCCAGUGUUGUAAAAAAAGAAAAUCCUGAAAAAGAAGUAAAUAACAAAAUUGAAUCAAAUUUAAAAGAUAAUGAGCAAACCCCCAAACAAAUAAAUACUGCAAAAGAAGAAGAGGCAAAGGCUAAACAAUCAUUAAUGCUUCAACCAAUUCCAAUACAACAUCUCCAAGACACUCAUUCUAAUAGGGAUUCGAGAGCAAACCAAAGUUUUGAGCAACAACAGUAUGCAGAACAUGAGCAACGGAAGUCACAACAUGUAGAACCCAUUCAAGAGCCACGCAAAUUACAGUAUGUAGAGCCCAAGCAAGAGCCUCGCAAAUUACAGUAUUUAGAACCCAAACAAGAACCACGCCAAUUACAGUAUCCAGAUCCUAAGCAGGAACAACGUAAAUUACAAUAUCUAGAGCAAAAGCAAGAACAACGCAAAUUACAAUAUGCAGAGCAAAAACAAGAGCAGCGAAAAUUGCAGUAUGCCGAACAAAAGCAGGAGCAACGCAAAUUGCAGUAUGCAGAACUUAAGCAAGAGCAACGUAAAUUACAGUAUGCAGAACUCAAACAGGAGCAACGCAAAUUACAAAAUGAGAAAGAACAAGUGCACUUACAAACAAUGUCGUAUGAACAAUUACAUAGUGUUCAAAAUGAAAAUAAUGCACAACAGCAUAUAUCGCCGCAUCAACCGCAACCAGAACCUCAACAUCAUGUUCUUUUACCAUCUCUUCCAGAAAGAAAACUAAAUGAUCCUCUUCCACAUCGAAUAUCAGAACCGCAGCAAUUACAACCUACCCUAACACAACAUCCUCAAUUGCAUCAACAACAUCAUUCACAGCAUUUACAUCAUCCGCAACAUGCGCCACCACCACCACCGCCGCAAUACACAGCACAACAGCAACAUUUACAUCAUGGUCAUCAUCUUCAUCAUCCCUUCCAAUUAACUCAUUCUCUAGAUUUAGGACAACAAGCAGAUCAGUUACAAGUUGAGCAAAGCUUUCAGCAGCAUCAGCUACAACAACAUUAUCAUAGUUUUCAACAUCAAUAUAAUCAUCAUCAGGCUACGGCUCAUUUACAAGCGCCAACACCACAACUACAAAUUCAGCAAUAUCAUCCUCAACAAUUUAAUUUUCAGCCUCAUUCACAAUAUCUAGCAGCUGCUGCUCAUCAACAAGCAUAUUAUCCCCAGCAAUAUCAAAUGCAACAACAUGCUGCUGCUGCUCAUUUGCAACAUCAUCAGCAAUAUGAACCUCAAUCACAUUUGGCAAAUCAAAUUGCUUAUGUGCAUGAUAGUUUUAGUUAGGUUUUUUUUUCUUUCAAGUAAUUUACUAUAUCAAGAAAAUUUUUAGCUAGUAAUUUAAGAUAAUUUUUAUUUAUGAAUCUAUUUUUUAUGUAAAUACACUAGAAAUUAUAAUAUAUAAAAUAAGAUAUUAAUAGGAUUGAAUAGAACUGUAAAAAAUUAACUCAAAAUAUUUCUUACAUUUAUAUAAGAAAAAACUUAAAAAGACUUUUUGUACAAAACUCACUAAACAAAGAUACCGAAAUUAUUUAUGGCAGUUUUCGGAAAACUAUUUAAUAAUAGCCAGUAAACAAAAUAAAUUUUAUUUUUGAUGUAUUUAUUUUAAAUUUUUACUAAUAAACGUACUUAGUUUUAUAACAUUACCAAUUACUAUAAUACAUAAUUAACAUAUUUUUCCCUUAUAUAAGAACUCAUAGUAUUAGUUAAAUUCAUAACUAAGUGCUUAGAAUUAUUAUUAGGUUCUAAAAAAACUUCAUUAUAUUAAACUUUCAUAAAGUUCACAAAAAGUUUAUAAUAUCAUUUUUUUUUAUUCCAAUUCAUUACAAUUGAUUAAUUUUACAAAAUUAUAAAAACCAAAAUGCUCUUAACAAAUGAUCAAAUCUAAAAUAUUAAUAAACAUACUAAAUUAUUAAAUUAACAAAAAUAUUGAAUAAAUUAAAAUUCUAAAAACUGCCAUUUCAUUGAAAAUCAACUGCAAACUGAGCUAAGCUAAUUCAUGGUCAUUUUGUAGCCCGUUUAGUUUAUAUAUAGGCUUAAAGAAUGGCGAUAUUUAUUCCCAACAUUAUAUCAAAUCAAGUUUAAAUAGAAUCAAAAUACAUACAUAUAUAAUGUAAAAGUAAUUUUGUAAGAAUUUAAAUUUUAAAUUUAGCAAUAUUAAGCUAAAGAAUAGAAAAAAAAAAGAAAAAAAUAAGUUAAUCCUAAUAUGUAAUUAUUAAAAAAUCAAAUAAUUUAAGUAAAUGCAAUAAUUAUUCUAAUAUCUAUUAAAAUUAAAAAAAAAAAAUUGGAAUGUUAAAAUUCUAGGACAACAAAAUUAAAUGGAAAAAAGACAUUUUGAUUUUUGCAGUUAAAACAUAGCCCCGUUUAGCUUAACUCUUAGAUAUCAUCUUGCAGGUCUAAGAUAUUUUAUCUUAAUGAUAACUUUUUUUGUUUUACAUUUUUUUCGACUAAAUUAUUUACAUAUUGACAAAAUUUAAAAAAAAAUUCCAUUAUUUAAAAAAUUAAAAUCUCAGAGAUUGCCAUUUUAUAAAUUAAAAAAAUUUGUAUACUCGGAUUUAUUGUUUUAAUAAAUUAAAAAUUUUACUUGAAAUUAAAAAAAAAAAGAAGAUUAAAAAAAAAUA